UGCACUACAAAACCAGAAACCCCAACACACCAAACCCUUCACAUUCUCGAAUUCUUGGGGCGUGGGAGAAGCCUCGGCGGAAUUGGCUCCUUUUUAGGGUUCCGAUCUCAUGGUUAAGCAGCGGGAUUCGACGCGUAGAUGCUCCCCGCGGUGGAUCCCUCGGCCUUGCUGCGGUUCGUGCUCUCCGCGAUCUUGAUCUUCUCAGGAGCGCUCCUCCUGGUGAAGCGGGCCGCCUCCAGGUACUUCGUCGUCGACGCCGGCUUCGAGGCCGGGUCGGGGUUCGAAGGGCCGCGGCGGGCGAUGUGUGUCGGCGAGGAAGACGGUUGCGCCGCCUGCGGGCGGCCGGCGACCAAGAAGUGCUCCCGGAGCAUGGCGGUGCGCUACUGUUCACAGGCAUGCCAAUCGAAGCAUUGGAAAUCUGAUCGUAGGUUCUGUUGCGAGCAGUCAAAGUCAACAGUUGAGGUUACUUUAUCAGAAAGUCAACAGUUUAGUUCUAUCUCACUGAUGCCAGCUUGUGGAACCAGAAAUAUCCUCCAAAAAUCAACAAAGAUUCUUUUCCCUUAUGAAGAAUUCAUGAAACUUUUCAAUUGGGACAAUCCAGGAUUUACACCUUGUGGACUUGUGAAUUGUGGGAACAGUUGUUUUGCUAAUGUGGUUCUACAGUGUCUCACAUCCACUCGACCACUUAUGGCAUAUUUAUUGAAGAGAACCCACAGUAGAGAAUGUAAUGUCAGCAAGAGGGAUGGUUGGUGUUUCUUAUGUGAGCUUCAAUUUCAUGUUCAAAGGGCUAGAGAGAGCAUGCAUCCUUUUUCACCUAUCAAUAUUCUUUCUGGUUUGCAUAACAUUGGUGGCAACCUUGACUACAGUAGACAGGAGGAUGCUCAUGAAUUUAUGAGGUUCGCAAUUGAUAGAAUGCAAUCAGUUUGCCUUGAUGAAUUUGGAGGUGAGAAGACUGUUGAUACUAGAACCCAAGAAACGACUCUUAUUCAAUACAUUUUUGGUGGUCGUCUUCAAUCUCAGGCUUACUCAGUUAUGACAACUAAUUUUACCUUCCAUAUCAGGCUGCUGGAGUUACUGGUGACUUGCACAAAAUGCAACAUGGUGUCUAAUCGUUUUGAGAAUAUGAUGGAUUUGACUGUCGAAAUCCAAGGGGACGUCGAAUCUUUGAAGGAAUGCUUAGAUCAAUUCACUAUAAAGGAAUGGUUAGAUGGGGAGAACAAGUACAAAUGUGAUGGGUGCAAUGACUAUGUUAAAGCUUGGAAGCGUCUUACAGUUAAUCAGGCUCCUAAUAUUCUCACAAUUACACUGAAGAGAUUUCAGAGUGGUAGGUUUGGAAAACUGAAUAAGAGAGUUACUUUCCCUCAAAAUUUGGAUCUUACUCCAUAUAUGAGUGAAGAUGGUGAUGGCACCGACAUAUAUACACUAUAUGCUGUAGUCGUUCACUUGGACAUGCUGAAUGCUUCAUUCUUUGGCCACUAUAUUUGCUACACAAAAGAUUAUCAUGGACGUUGGUAUCGAAUUGAUGACUGUGAGGUCAUUAAUGUGGAAGUGGAGGAUGCUCUUUCUGAACGUGCAUAUAUGCUCUUAUAUAGCAGGAAAACUGCUCGCGGGGAGCCUUAUCUGUGCCCUCCAGGGAAUACACUAUUACCUGAAACUGAUCAGAAGGCAUCAAUAACUUCUGAGGUAGCUAAGUUCAUCAGUGCUUCAUGCCAUUCUCCCAAACUUAUCUCUCUUCCAAAUCCUGGUGAAGUUCCAGAAUUGCAUGAUAGCGGACAUGACAGAGGGUUCUCGGCUCAUGUUGAUUCUUCAAGGGUCAAAAAGUUGGACAAUGUGGUUAUGGUGGAUACACCUGUCGAUAAUGUGGUUGCUGGUGCAUCUUCGGACGUAAAGCCAAUGCUCCUACAUAGAGGAGAUAUUGAUGAUCCUUCAUCUAGUUCAUCGUCAAUUGAAGAUCUUGAAGAAGGGAACGAUAGUCUUUUCUCUUUUGUGACCAAGGAUCACAUGUCUGUUGGCUAUAGGCAAUUAGAUUCGCCAGAUAUUUCAUGCAUAGAAGUUCAUUUAGAAAAAUGUCAAGAACCCUUUAGUUCCGAUGCAGGGAAUGGUACGGGAAAAAGUGGAGCAAGUGGCAUUGGAGAAAGACCCGUUGAGUUUAUGUGUGCUUUGGAUAAAUCAAUCAAUUUUCUGGACAUUGCCGCAGCUACCGAGAAGGCUUUUGCUUCUACUACUGCCGCAAGCAUGGAACUAGAUAAUUCAGAUGAUUCAAUAACUGGCUCAGAAGAAGCAGGGGGAACUUGCAGGGCAUCCGAUCCUGCUGACACAGUUAAUAGUUUGGAUGGCAACAUGGCAUCUUCAUAUCAGGAAAAACAUUUCAAUGGCAAACCUAAACCCCUGUUCCCCCCUGGUUUUCUUGAUAAGUCUGGGCGAAAGAUGUCUCAGGUUAGUGCUGAAAAAACUCAAGUUGAGAGUUAUUCUGAUGGUCUUGUUCCCAAGAGCAUUAGAGAAAAACCCACUGAACCCAUGUAUGCUUUGGAUGAAUCACUCAAUCUUGUGGACACUGUAGUUGCAAUCACCAAGCAGGCUCCUAUUGCCUCCCUGCCUACUUCAAGCAUUGGACCGGAGGCUUCAGUACCUAGAUCAGAGGAUGCAGUGGAAACUGUCAAGGCAUUGGAUCCUACCAGCAAAGUUCGUAGUAUGGAGGACACAUCCUAUGGACACAAAGGCAAUAAGGCAUCAUCACUUCUGGAAAAUGAUUCCAAUGGAAAACCUAAACCCCUAUUUCCACGUGGUUUUCUUCACGAGUCUGGAAGAAAGAUGACUCAGGGUGCUACCGAAAAAGCUCGUGUUCAAAGCCACCCUCAUGCUCCCAAGAACAUUAGAGAGAGACCCAAAGAGCCCAUGUGUGCUUUGGAUGAAUCACUAAAUCUCAAGGAUGUUGCUGUUGCAAUCACCGCCGAGGCGCCUAUUGCUUCCGUUACUUGUUUAAGCAUGGGACUGCAACCUUCAGAUGAUUCAGUACCUGGAUUGGAAGACGUAGUUGAAAGUGGCAGUUCAUCAAGUCCUACUAAUUUGGAGGACAUGAUCAUGAUCUAUAGAAAUGAAGGUAAGAAAGCGUCAUUCUGUCAAGAAAGUGGUUCCAUCGGAAAACCUAAGCCACUAUUUCCCCGUGGUUUUCUUGACAAGCCUGUUAGAAAGAUGUCUCAGGAUACUGCUGAAGGUUUAACCCAAGCUGGAAGCCAUUCUGAUGCUCUUGUUGCCAAGGAAAAUAGUUUCUGCAAUGAACAUUCCGAUCUCAGAUCUUCCUGCACGUGCAACAAAGUUGUCAUUCCCGGUGAAGCAUCACUCGUCGCUGACGGUCUUCUGAAGAGGUCACUUAUGAAAUCAUCAGACAAGAAGAAGUAUAUGCGAAAAAGGCCCUGCAAACUUGAACAGUCAUGCAAAGCUGAUCACUAUGGUUUGGCAGAACAUUCAUCCGAUUGUAGACUAGAGAGUGCCUGCCCCACCAGCUGCCAGCUUUCUCAGUAAAACCGACAAGGAGAAGUGUGUUUAUUGAUGGCCAGGCAGUUUGAGUUCCUUUAUUUUUUUUUUUUUAAGAUGAUGGUAAUUUUGACUUUUGAUUAGAUCACGGGGAAAUCCAAGCGCCGACAACCAUUUUUUGGUGGUUGAAUCCCAUUGUUCCGUCGGAGGAUUUAUGGCCCAAUUGUUAGUAGUUUUAAUUUUUAAUUUUGAGGCAUGGCUUCACUGAACAAAGCAGUUGAGGAGGUGGGUAUCUGGGUUUCCGCAGUUUGCAGAAUCUCAGAUGCUCUCCUGAUGCCAUGGCGCAUCCCCCACAACUAAAAUACCACCAUACAAUUUAUAUUUGAUUCUUGUUAUAUUUUGGUUGAUACAGAGAAGGAAGGAUGUCUGAGACCUGAUUACCUUUUAUCAGAGUAAAUUUCAUGUCAAUGUGUUGCUUAUCA